AUGUACACAUCCACCUAUUCAUCGUCACCUGUUCGAACAUCAACAUCGGAGACAAGACCAGCAACUCAUCAAACUCAAUCUUAUCUUCGCGAAUAUUAUCACUCUGCCACAAACAACGACUCGAAAACCAUGAAUGAUAAUAACAUGUCUUUUAGACGCGGUGCCAGUGGAGCAUACGGUAAUUCCGCAUCAUCAUUAACAUCAUUACCAAUCAAUACACCAAUAUCACCAAGAAGAUACGUGGAUAAUUAUAAUAAUCAUACAACAAAUGAUACAAAUAGAUAUCAAUCAACAAAUUACUCAUCAAAUUAUCGUUCAUAUGGCAAUGAAAACGAUUCAUUUCAUCCGAAUACAGCACGAUACGAUUUAAGUGGUAAUGUCCGAGCAUAUUCGUAUGAUAAUCUAUUCAAUGAACCAAAUCGAUCUCAAACAUCAAUGAACAAUUCACGUUAUAAUCUAAAUAAUAAUGUCUCUUAUAAUCGUCAGCCAAGACGUGAACAUUACACAGAUUAUGAAGAUGAUGAGGAUGAUUUAAUCGUGAAAUCAACAGAUCUGCCAGCAUCGUAUGAACAAGAGAUGAUCUCGUUAGUUCGAGGAGCUUUUCGUAAAUAUCAAAUUACUAAUCAACGUGAACUAGCUGGUUUUCUGAAACGAGCCGCGGAUAAAACGUUCUCGCCUUGUUGGCAUUGCAUCGUCGGCCGACAAUUCAGUUCUUAUGUGACGCAUGAAAUGAACGGAUUUAUCUAUUUUACAAAAGGUCCAUUAUCAAUUUUACUCUUCAAAAGUGGUGCUUGA